AUGUCUGAAGAUCAAGAGGAUGAAGCAAAGGUGGGAGCGAAAUGUUCGCAACAGGGAAUAAAUUAUCAAUCAGAGGAAUUGUGGAAAGGGGGUGAAGGAAAUGUCCGGGUUAACGCUAUAGAUGAGGACUCAACCAGGAAAACCAGUCAAGGCAACGUUCCUAGGGAGUUGGAAUGGUGGGAAAGAGAGGAUGACUCCGAAGACGAAGUUGAGGAAAGCGACUCUGAUUUUGACGAGGAAGAUUCCGAAGAAGAAUCUGAAGAGGAAGACUCUGAAGAUGACGGAGAUGAUGAAUACGAGGACGACUCUGACGGUGGCUCGGGCGUAGACUCCGACGCGGAGGAGGAUCUGGAUGAAGCAUCCGCCGAUCAUGUGCGUUCGGUUACAAGCCGCGUUUCGGCCGUCAAAACCACUGUUUCGCUCUUAUGCGAGCCAAGAGCACAACACCCUAUCUCCAUUCAAUCACAAACUAUAGCCCCUUGCUCAUCUCAAUUACCUCAAGGUUUGGAAGAGGCAGGUGGCUUAGGGAUCUCUCUAUCCUCUUCCUCGCCAUCUGCUUCGUGUUUUUCUCUUGGUGAUUCUGACCUUGAAUCUUCCAAUUCCUCGACGACGAUCUCGUCCGUACCCACUCCAAUCACCCCAGCAUCUCCGUCUAUUACUCCCAUCGAUUCUUCCGAUCUUCAGAAACGUCAACAAAGAGAUUGCAAUGAGCUACCCGAAACCUCAUGGCUCCUGAUGAACUCACUCGAUGCAGCGUUAGGAGCUGCUCGGAGAGCUGAAAUGGAAAUGGAAUUUCGAAUUUCGCUACAACAAGGAGUAAGAGCCGGAAUGCCUUUGAGUAUUGAGGGGCUCGAUCUUGCUGGAAGCAACCAUCAAGAUUAA